AUGCACCUGAAGGACCAUUGGCCUUUUUCCACAAUGGCUAACAGCCGAUUUUCUUGUAGGCAAAUUUGGGUUAAGAUGUAUGGGUAUUUUGCGGGGCUGUGUCGGCAUUUCCAGAAAUACUGCUGUGCCACUGUUAAGGGCUUUUUUGUUAAGAAGAAGGAAAAACAAAUCCCUUCAACUGAGACUUAUUUUCAUAAGGAAAAAAUUGUUGUACUUGGUCAAGUGUUGAUGAAUGAAUCCCUACCCAUUGAGAGGAGAGCUCAAGCUGCCCAGAAAAUUGGACUGCUGGCCUUCACAGGAGGACCACCUGCUGGGAAAUUUGCAGCUGAGUACAUGAAAGAAGUGGCUCACUUGUUGCAAGAUGAGGAGGUGGCACCAAAAAUAAAGAUCCUGCUGCUCCAGAGUGUGGCAUGUUGGUGUUACUUAAACCCUGUCAGCCAGAAAAGAGCCCAAAGUCUGCAAUUUAUUCCUAUUCUCGUUAGUUUUUUUGAAGGCAGAUUCGAGUCUACUAUCAAAAGUGAAAUAAACAGCUACCUCCUCCUUAAAUUUUGGACUUGUUACGUUCUCUCUGUCAUGACAUGCAAUAACUUGUCUUACGUCAAGGAGCUUAAAGAGCACAGGGCUCUAAAAUACCAUUUGCAAAUGUUGGCUGCUGAGAAUUGGUCUGGAUGGACAGAGAAUUUUGCAGAAGUGCUGUAUUUCCUAAUUGGUUUUCACAGAAGUUAGUUUCUCUAAGUCCAGUUACAUGUUGCAGCUCUCUGUGCCAUUGUAUUACCCUGGACAACUGAAAUAAACAAUAAAAGUCGAUGUUUUCCUUUGUA